AUGACUGACACUACGGCUGAGCUCAACGAGCUCUUUCUAGCCACUUUCCCCAAUGGCCUGCCCAAAGAUAUCCUCGCCGAGCUCCAGUCUAUCCUGCGGAUUCAUUUGAUUACCGCGGAGGAACUCUUCUACAAAUGGGAAUCAUACAGUAUGAAGAUGGGCGAGGAGGUGAAAUUGAACAUGGAGACGGUCCGAGGCUUCAAGCAAGAUGUUCAAGAAGCCCUCGAGCGCGAAAGUCGCAGCAAAGUUGGCCGGCAGACAGAGAAGAGGGUUACUGUCACGGCAACCCCGCGCGCGGCAGGCGGAACUGAUGUAUUUGGAAUGUUGGACGAGUUGACGCCCAAUACUGCAAAUGGUCGGACAAUGGGUGGAAAUGGUUCCGUGAAGCGCAAGGCCGAGUUCACCUCUCCUGCCACGCCGAAGGUCGGAAGACUUGAGAAAAUAGGAACGCCAUCCGGUGCGAAAACACCUGGAUCCAUAGCAAACGGUCCAGCAGUAUCCUUCGCCGAGCGCUCAAAUCCUGGCCAGACGCUAGAAACACUCAACACCCACCUCUCACUACCAGAGACCCCAAUGGCACCCUUCCCGGAAGCGCGUAUCCGACCGACGGCAAAUACAGAUCUAAAGAAGUUCGGAUACAAGCCAAUGGGCAUGCGACUAUCCGAAGCUUCGGAGAUCCUCGACGACCGAAUUGACGAGUUUGCCGUUCUUUUCCAGAAGCACUACGAUUCCGACGAUCUUACCUUCGGCAGCGCCGCUACUCAAAGCACCAGUGAGAUUAUUGCAGUUGGCCGGAUUGCCUCCGACUCUCUAGAAGGGAAGCUCAACACGGCCUCGCUGGUCCUAGAGACUUCACGCCGCACUGGUGCUGGAAGGCGCGUUCCUCUGAAGGUGGACUCGCUCUCUUCGUUGAGCUUUUUCCCAGGUCAGAUUGUUGCUCUUCGGGGAAUUAAUCCUUCUGGAGACUAUUUCACUGUCAAGGAGAUCCUUCCUAUUCCUCUCUUGCCUCCUGCCGCAUCUUCUGCGGUGACUCUGGAUAAUAUUAAUGAACGAUUGGAGAGUGGUGGCAAUUCACCACUGAAUGUCAUGCUCGCGGCAGGUCCGUACACGGCAGAUGACAAUUUGGACUUUGAGCCCCUGCAGGAACUGUGCCAAAAGGCCGCAGACAGCUACGCAGAUGCUGUUGUCCUGCUGGGACCGUUCUUGGACGUCGAACACCCACUGCUUGCUUCGGGCGACUUCGACCUGCCAGAGAUCAAGGGAGUUGACCCAGACACGGUAACGAUGGCCACUGUCUUUCGACACUAUAUCUCUGCGCCUCUGUCACGUCUCGCACAGGCUGUGCCGAGCAUCACGAUCGUGGUUAUUCCAUCUGUGCGUGACAUUAUGAGUCGUCACGUAUCAUGGCCACAGGAACAGCUGCCCAAAAAGGAUUUGGGUCUGCCGAAGCAGGUCCGCAUGGUUUCGAACCCUGUGACCCUGUCCUUCAACGAAGUCGUUGUAGGCAUGUGCUCUCACGAUGUUCUCUCCGAGCUCCGUCGCGAAGAGGUUCUUCACGGCCGACCCACCGAGGGCAAUUUGCUCACACGUUUGCCAAAAUACCUCGUCGAGCAGCGCCACUUCUUCCCUCUCUUCCCUCCGACUGCCCGUGCCAACCUUCCAAAAUCCGGUUCCGAUACGGGCUUGACUACUGGCGCAACGUUGGACCUACCCUACAUGAAACUUGGCGAGUGGUGGAAUGUUCGACCAGAUAUUCUGAUUGUCCCUAGUAUGCUCCCGCCUUUUGUUAAGGUUGUCGAUAGUGUGCUAGUUAUCAACCCAGGUACCCUAUCGAAGCGCCGAGCCGCUGGUUCCUACGCACAGAUGGCUAUCCAUCCGCGAAAUGUGACCGAUGAGGAGCGCGAGUCCAAGCAACUCGACCACAAGCUAUACGAGAGGUCUCGCGUGGACAUCAACCGAAUCUAG